AUGGAUGGCCUGUCUCACUGACGUUCAGUUUAUGAUUUACAAUAGUCUUGUCGUAAAUUGUGAAUCAAAAUCUAGUGAUUUCUCGUUUUCUAGCCUUUCUUACGUUCUUCAAAGGCUUAAAACUGCAACUAGACAUGCAAUAACAUUGUUUUGACUUAUAAUACUUGUGAUUUGGACAUUGGAUUGUGAGUAAUCAUGGCGAAUAAUCGUAUCCCCUCUGGCCCGAAUACGCCUGGCAGCCAACAGACUCCUACUCAACAAGGAAUAAAGAUAUUUAUCCAAAGGGACUAUUCUGAAGGCACAGCAGUUAAAUUCCAGACUAGAUUUCCUCCAGAACUGGAAGAUCGAAUUGAACGACAAACCUUUGAGUAUACUAUGGAAAGAUUGAAUGAGCAUUUUGAGAUGGCGGAGACAGCAGACUGCAGCACCUACUGUGAAGGCUGUUUGGCUUGUUUAACAGCUUACUUCAUCUAUAUUUGUACAGAAACACACUAUGAGAAGCACCUCCGGAAAGUAUCAAAAUUCAUAGCGACCCAAAACGAGCGGGUUUACAACCCGAAGGGCAUCCACAUCACCGAUCCGAUCCUCCGGGGGCUCCGGGUCAUCGAGAUCACCAUCAUCGACAUGCCCAACUAUCAGAGUCCUACAGGGAACUCCAACCAGAUCCGGCACACUUGACCACCACAGGAGAAUCGGGAGUUCUUCAUGUAACAGUUACGGUACUGGUUUUAAAUACGUUUAUGCCAGUUAAAACAAUGUGAUUUUUGGAAAUUUUAUUUAUAUAAGGUAAUGACUUUUGGAGAGUUAAAAUUAGGUUUUGGUUACGCUGCGCAAAAAAUGGCAGAGAAUGUUUAGGCUACGGGACAGAAGUUAUUAAUAUUUUAAAUUGAAGUAGGUUUUAUAUAUUGCCUACGCCAAAUUUUGGUGUUAUAAGUAGGUUGCCAAAGCGGACUUAGAGCUCUCAGAGAGAGGAUGUAACUCAGAAAACGCUAAGAUGAAGAGAAGAAAAAAUAAUACACCUAACUAUACACCGUGUUUUUAUUGAACUUCGUUAACUUCGGAGCAUGAUUAAGUAUGUUUAAGGAUGGCAUAGAUAAUUUUCGUUUUUUUUUUUUUUUAAGUAAUUAAAUGUUGCAUAUAGCUUUGUUGUAACACGGGCAUUACAUUUAACUCAACCAAACAAUUGAAAACUGUGACAUAUCAAUGUCAUGUCGAACAUCGAUCGUCCGAGAUAGUACUUGCGUUUAGUAGCAAAUGUAUGAACUCGUACUAAACAAAAAAUAAAUAUUGAUUAUCUCCGAAAUGGAUUUCAUUAGAAUACCGGUGUCUUUGAGAAAGUUACUUAAUUUAAGCUCAGGGAUGUAACGUACCCUUGAAAUUAACUGAAAUAAAAAAAAACACGGUGUAUAUUGCCUACGCCAAUUUUUGGUAUUAAAAGUAGGUUGCCAAAGCGGACUCAGAUCUCCUUUAAGAUGUAACUAAGAAAAUGCUAAGAUUCAGAGGAGGUUAAAUUAAAAAUAUAUUAUCCACAAUAUUGAGGUAACUAUAUACAUACUUUAAGGGGCCCUCUGAUUACCAGUUCGCCGGACGAUAUCGGCCUGUCAGUUAUUCGCAAAAGCUGACAAUCGAGAAUAACUGCCAGGCCGAUAUCGUCCGGCGAACUGGUAAUCAGUGGACCCCUUUAGAAUCUUUCAGAGAGUCUUAGGGCCUGUUUCACAAUGUCCAAGUAUAGUAAUGAAUAGCUAAUUAACAAAUGAAUUAACUGCCAGAUAAAACAUCCUACAAAACUUAGCACUUUAUCCACCAGUUAAGCUUAUUUGAUGAUUGUGAAACACCAACGAUGACUUUAUUCGUCAGAAGUGGCAAGUAGCUUAUUCAGGACUUUACUUAGACAUUGUGAUACAGGCCCUUAAUCGCACGCGGCGCGUAAUCGUGAACCUUGUCGGUACGCAUGAAGGUUGAUAUUGGGCUGUAGCCGCGCGCGUCAUAUGACGUCUUUGGCGGUCAAAAGGUUAAAGAAAUAAAGAGGUAACUUAUUAACUAAUAAUAAUUUUGUGGCGUUGAGCAUUUAUUUCAAUACGCGACUUAAAUGAACAACGAUCAUGGCAAAUAUAGUUCUUCGUAUCUGAACGGUUUUUUUUUAUGAAGAUUGAUUGGCCCUUACGAUUGCAAGAUUCUUAGGAUUGCGAGGUCAAAUGUGCCAAUAAUAAUAUUGUAUUGUAAUUUUAUUCUGUUUGACCCUGCACCAACUCAAUCUUUCGGUUUAGCCCAUGGUUGGACUGGUCUGGCCUUCUGGCAUUAAGUGUGCCUUUUUACUUUCAUGUAUUUGCAAUAAUGUUUAAAUAAAUAAAUAAAUAAUAGGUUUGGUGUUGCGCAUUAAUGCAAACAUCAGGCGGCCGUUCAACAUUCUUAAGAUCAUAAUUAAAAUUCAUAUUUUUUUCUCUUAAAGCACUAGCUUCCAUGCCAUUCUACGGUAAUUUUCUUUGCGCAGCGUAACCAACGUUAAAUCUUUUAUCAAAUAAUCAUUGAUGAGCUUCAGACAUCUGAAGCUUAAGACACGUUAAUGUAGUUUCCAGAUGAAGGGUAAAACCGAAUACAUUAUAAAUAACCUAUGCUCGGCUGAACAUUUGUUUAUUCAAGAGAACGGGUUGUCGGGGUUGUUCAAUCUUUUUGUUAUAACACAAAUACGGUUUUGCCAUAAUCUGCUGAAAAGAUGAAUUUCCUAUAAUCUGCUCACAUGUGCCGACAUGUUUUUUUUUUAAGUGGGGCGCCAUUUAAAAAAAACAGGUUAUGUACCGCUGGACUUAAGGCAUCAAAGCUGAUAUUAGUUUUUUUCUUUCCUAUGAAGGUUUUUAAGGGUUAAAAACGUUUUGGAAAACCAGCGUCAUUUUCUGUGGACAUUACAAAAGUUAACGAUUUUGAUACAUUACAUUAUAAAACAUUUCCGAAGACUUUCGUUAUACGUAUUUAAAGAAUUAGAAACUAUUAACAUGCCUAUAACGAUAAAUUAAGAAAAUAUAACAAAACGACUUUAUUUUAUUAUCAAACCGACUACAAUUGCUUCCGAGAAUUUCAAAGUUUUAUAGAUCAAUAUGAAAAUCAAUAUAAAGAUUUACUUGAAAAUGUAAAUAUGAAAAAGUUCAGAAUUGACUGCCAGGCAGCUGUACCAAAAACACUGUAGUCAAUACUAUAUCUUCUUGACGCCAAUGGUUGUCUGUGGCAUCGUAGCUCUCCAACAGAUGGGCCGAUUUCGAUGCGGAUUAUUUAUUGCGUGAAAAUUGAUGUUUCUUAGCUAUGUUUGAUAGAAAUCGACGCAUCAGUUUAUAUUUUAUUUAUCUGAAUAGUUAUUUAUCUGUAUAAAGCCAGUCAGCACCAUCUCGUCUUUUCUUGUCUAAAAUAAGCCAUUUAAGUCAGUUUAUUUUAUUAUAUCCACGGGAACGACGCAUUAUCUUAAUUCAUACUAAAAAAAGUUUUUGACCCUUAAACCUUUAAAGAUCUUCCGAGAUCUAAUUCAAUGCUAAGCUGUUACAGUCCGCUAUGGACACUUACAUCCAGGGCUAACACAUGCGAUGUAUUUACAUCGUCGACACUGAAAACCUGAUUAAUUUACUGAUCUUAGGUCUGAUUUUUCAAAUAUCACAUGAAGUCAUCUGUUAGAUAAAUAUGACACUCUCUAUGUCUUCUUGCAUGUGAAAGAAAGGGAGCGUGCUAUAUAAUAUAUAUAUCUGAUAUUUGAAAAAAUCAGACCUUAGUACAAUUUAAUAAUUGCGUGUGCGGAUUGGCCUUGAUAACAGAUUGGUUUUAGAGUCCGAUCAAGCUAUGCAUGCCAUUUGUAAUGACGAGGUGAGGUUGUCAUUAUUAACAUCAAAUUUCUAUAUGUGACACAAAAUGACACUCUCUCACUUUGUUCUAUUCAAUUCGAAGCUAACGUUUCUUUGAAUUGAAUAGAAGACUGACUCUACUGCCAUGAUUUAUCAAAUUUCCAAUAUUUAUUUUUAUUUUAAUUUAUUAAGUUUGAGGUGAUGGUUAAAUUGAUGUGUAUAAGUUAUGUACUUCCAAUGUCACAACGAUCUUCCCCUAUUUUUAAUUUUUAAAUGUACCUACAUUCAAUAUUAACCUUUUAAACGCCAAGAACACCUAAAGGCGUCGUUACUGGUCGUGCCCACAGCGCCAAGGACAACUACACCGUGUUUUUAUUGAAUUCCGUUAACUCCAGGGUAUGCGUAAGUACGAUUAACCUUUUGACUGCCAAAGACGUCAUAUGACGCGCGCGGCUACAGCCCAAUAUCAACCUUCAUGCGUACCGACAAGGUUCACGAUUACGCGCCGCGUGCGAUAGGCCUGGCGUUCAAAAGGUUAAGGAAACUAAAAUGAAAUGGCAUAGUUAAUUUAAAACAAAAAAAUACUGUAUAUUUUUUAUUUUAUAAAAAGUUACUAAAUGUUGCAUAUAGCGUUGUUGUAACACCGGCAUUACAUUUAUUUCAACCAAACAAUUGAAAACUGUGACAUAUCAAUGUCAUUUCGAACAUCGAUUGUCGCAGAUAGUACUUACGUUUAGUAGCAACUGUAUGAACUCGUACUAAACACUAAUCAAUAUGUAAAUAGGCCCUAAAGCAAGUGUAUACGCUUCUAGGGACCUAAUAAGAAAAAAAUAAAUUAUUGAUUAUCUCCGAAAUGGAGUUAAUUAGAAUACCCGUGUCUUUGAGAAAGUUACUUAAUUUAAGCUCAGGAAUGCACCCUUGCAAAUAACGGAAGUAAAUAAAAAACACGGUGUAUAGGUGUUAUGAUGGACGCUGUCAAAGUAACCUUCACACUUUCGAGUAAGGUUUAUAUUAGCUCGCUUGCGCUCGGGAGCUUAGCGUUUGAGUGAUGUUUGUGUUUAUGACAUAAAGCGUUCAAAGGGUUAAUUAUACAGGAUGCUUUUGUUAUCACUGACCAAAGUCUUGAGGGGUAAAUAUGUGGGUCAUACUUAACAACUUUUAUCAUAGUAAAACCCCGAAAAAAUUGUAAAGGCCCAUAGGACAAACCCCGAAAUUGCGAAUAAAGUUUCUGCCAUCUCCCAUACAUUUAAAUGAAUCAGAGCAAAGAGAAUUUGAAAUAGAGGUGUAUUGUCAAAGAAUACUUUGUAGCGAAAGUAAAUUUACUGCCAUCUUUCGACAAUUCGAAUGUCGAAUUCGUGAAUUUGAAAUAUCAGAAAGUGGCGCCAUCUUACCGGGAACAACCUAAAGGUUAUGGCGCCAUCGCUCGAAACGAUGUCGCUAACGCUAUACCUUUAGCCUUUGAUCUAUUAGAUGGUGUCAAUUUUGAUAUUUAACAAAUUUAACACAUAUGAGUGAAAGAAUAAGGAUCAAAGCCAAAUGGCGUUCUAAAAGUUUUGAUCAUGUGUCGAAAGAUGACAGUAAAACUUUCGCUACAAAUUUUUCUUUGACAAUACACCCGUAUUUCAAAUUCUCUUUGAUCAGAGUAAAUGUUUUCUAUAGAACAGCUGGUUUUUUUGCGGUUUCGGGGUUUGUCCGAAAGUAAGUCAUAACCUACAUAUUCACCUCUCAGUUUGGUCAGUUAUGACAAAAGCUCCUUGUAUACUGAAACACACUCAACUUCAUGCGAACAAUUUUAUUCUAUGCGAGAUCAAUUCGCGCCUAUUUUUUAAAUUUGCCGCCUUUUCUACUGACAAAGUGGCUGUGCCAGAGUAUACAAGGCCCAGGUAAGCAUUAUGCAAAACUCAUAACAAUAGUUAAUCAUCACAAUAUGUUAUAUUUGUUAAUAACCCUGUGAACGUCACGCCUAUCGUGCGCGGCGCGUCAUAUUGAUCCUUGUCGGAAAGCACGAAAGUUGAUAUUGGACUGUCGCCGCGCGCGUCAUGUGACGUCUUUGGCGGUCUAAGGGUUAAUAAUGUUUUUUUUUAGUUUUAAUUUUUAGGUUAUUCUUUGUGUAUGUAUAUAAUGACAUUGUAUUUAUUUGUAGCUUUACCAUUAACACAAACUGUAAUUGCAUUUUUACAACUUAGAUAUAAAUUUAAAUGUUUGUUUGUUUCUCAAUUUUAUCUACGGUCUUAAUUUGAAUGUUUAAAUUUACUUAAUUUAGCAGCUUUUUUAAGGUGGUUCGACUAGGUUACCCAAAGCUUAAACCUCACUAGAUGGCGCCACAAUUGCAAAUUUUGAGUUUUAAUUUUUUUGUGGAGUAGUCUUUGGUAUUUCUAUACUGUAAAUUAUGUUUAGCGCACUCUUUAAAUAAAUAUUGAACUAUUAAAACAAA